AUGUAAGCAGCGCUUAUUUAUUUUCCACAUUCCGAUCCUAACCUGUACAUGUCGCGCGAAACGCAACAUAAAAAUUUUUAAGAGAUAGAUUAAUAUGUUAAAACGAGGUAUACUAAUAUUAAUAAUAUAGUUACUGAGAUAAUUCCGAUACAGUUAAUGAAUGAAUGAAUAAAAAAUGAAAUUCAAAGCGAUUAUUGAAGACGUUACUACGCAGUCAAACAAAAUUCAGCCAAUUAUUGUGAACUUUCAAAAUGGUGAACUUAAGGAUGAGGAAGUCAAGGAGAUGUCAUGUGGUUUGUUCCGCGAUCAAAAGGACAACAAAACUGUACUGGCCUUGUCAAAUGGCCAAAUCGUUUAUAAAGGUUACAGACCCGAUUGUAAGAAGGAAUCGACACGAACGAUGUUGGUACUUCACAAUAAAAGGACCGGCAAGGUACGACUGUUUGAAGCUGAGCGAUGGCAAGUAACACCAGUACUUGAAAAACCUGACAUUGAGAACGAAAAAAGUGACUUGGAAGAGAAGAUUACUACACUGAACAUGCAAUUUGGAUCCAAGAAAGUUAAACGUAGAACUGAGCAAUUUGAGAGACUGAAAAGAGUAAAUAUUGAUAUUAAUGAACAACUUGAGAAAACAGUAUCAAAUGUUGAAAUCGACAAAAUAGAUUUGUCAGCUCAAUUACAAAUUGAGGAUUCAAAUACAAUAUUACCUGCAUGUAACAGGAAUGCAAGUAAUGUCAAAGAUGUGUAUAAUAUAUAUGAUAUUAUUCCUAAAAGUAAAUUGGAAACUUUAUACGAACAUGCAAUGGAAGUCCUUAAUGGAAAUGUGGAAGGGAAAAAUAAAUUUUUCAACCGCACUUUGAGAACGAUACAAUCAGAUCCAGACAAUGUAAACAAGGUCGCUCUUUUACUCUAUAUUGAUAUGAUCAAUACGUGGUUCGCCAUGCCAUUGAAAUUUGCAAAGAAACGCGACGUUGUUGUAUGCUCGGUUUCUGACGAAGUAAAUCAGCAUAUUAUCGACAUGUACAGCGUGUCCAGCGCGAACGGACGGAUGAGACCGAAUGCUAUGAAGGACAAAGGCCUCAUGCACAGCUUGAUUCUCGCAUUGACAAUAUUAAAUUUCACACUGGAUCUGGAGUCAUUCCGAGUUAUGCUUGAAACGCGAACGAGUUUAAAGAAACUGAUGGAUCUUGCGAAAAUCAUUGGGGCAGUAUCCACCAAAGAAGAUAAGAAGGUCAUCAUGCUAAAAGUUCCGUUACCACCGCCAGUGUCUCUCAUCAAGAAAGGAAGAAAAAAAUCAGCAAAAUCCAAUCAAUAACUUUGUUAAACUAUAAAUUAUUUUAAUUGUUUGACAGUAUAGAUUUAUUUUUCUGACACUCUUCUCAAAUAUGCUUUUGAAAAAAAAAUUAUAACAUUUUAUUAUAUAUAGAUAUAUGAUAUUGACACUUCAUAUUUUAUAAGAUGUAAAUAUACAAAAUACAUGUCUCCACAUUUUCUUAUACCAAU